CGCGCCACACACCGUGCUACAGUACACCCACUCCACCCCGUUAAUUACCCGCCUAGAUCCCACCGCAGUCUAGACACACGACGCACACGUGAAAAGGUAGACCGCGCCCCGACUCCCUUUCUUGCAUGCUGCUGCAGAGAGAGCCCACCCUUAUUCAACAUAGCGGCGCAGCUCCACCCUGCUACCCACCCACUCGUCUUCCUCUCCUCUGCUGCCUUGGAUUGUCUCGCGGCACGCGUCCGCCGGCACUAACUGAUAGCCCUCCACCCCUCUGAUGCCUCACGGGGAACAGAAGGUGAGGCCGCAGAGCAUUCUUCGAACUGACUCGGACCAACGUGGCGGCGAUGCUGCCUCGCUCGAUGGCGGCGCCAGCCCUGGCUCUUAUCUUGGCAUGAGACACGAUCAGUCGCCGCGACGCACCCCUUCCAACAAAUCUGUUUCCAUCGCCCAUGAACCCGAAGUCAUCUCUCCCUUGAUCCUGGGAGAUCACAAGCAGGUAGAUUCGGACUUCGACUUGGACCGCCCAAGUCCACGCAAGUUCUCUACCCGCGGCCCAGCUUCCAAACGCCUCUCCGGCCGCCUUCCAGAUUGCCCGACGCCGCUGUUCAAGCAGGCUAGCAGUCUCUCGAUCAACUCCAUCAAUUCCGAUUACGGCGAGGGGGAGGAAAGUGAGGGCUCGUCGCAUCGCCGCUUCAGCUCGCAGCAUCUGGAUUCUUUCAUCGAUCAGGUCUCGCAAUGGAUCAAGCACGAACGGAGCAAGCGAUCCGAUCACGAGACUGGGCCGAGUGAGACUAAUGGCCAAAUUGAUGGAAAGGAGGAGAGUGCUCGAGGUGGGAAGCAUCGCCAUCAUCCCUCCUUUGACCUGGACAGACUCGAGGACAUCAUCAAGUCCAACCUUUCGCUCGACCGACGGUCUCGGCACAAUCGCAACAGGAGCCCGCGUCGGAAGAGUUCCAUCAUCAAAGCGCAGCGCAAGCAAUCCAUCGCUUCCGACACCGAGUCCACCAGCUACGAAGGCGAAACCCUCGUCGCGACCUGCGACGUCGUUCUCGACAACUCCAACACCCUGUCCUACACUGGAGGCGCUUCAUCCGACUCCGACUCCAGCGAUGAUGAGCUCGAGCGGACCUCGUCGUACCGUGAUGUGGAUGCUUGGGCCAAGUUCAAAUUCGAAAUUGUCCGCCUUACGCACACCCUCCGAUUGAAGGGGUGGAGCAGAGUUGCCAUGAACAUGAGUAAUAAGAUCAGCGUGGAGCGACUGUCGGGAGCGUUGACGAAUGCCGUUUACGUUGUCUCGCCGCCUUCGAAUCUCACACCGCGCGGAGAAGACCAGAAUGGUAACGCGCAGGUAGAUCGGAAGAAGCCACCACCGAAGCUACUCUUGCGUGUAUACGGGCCGCAAGUGGAUCAUCUUAUCGAUCGCCAGUCUGAGCUGGCCAUUCUCCGCCGUCUCUGCAAGAAGAACAUUGGUCCUCGCCUGCUGGGCACUUUCGCCAAUGGUCGCUUCGAAGAAUAUCUCAACGCCAAGCCUCUGACACCCGAGGAUCUACGCAAUCCGGACACGAGCAGGCAGAUUGCCAAGCGGAUGCGCGAGUUGCAUGAUGGUAUCGACCUGCUCGACCAAGAGCGUGAUGACGGCCCGUUCGUCUUCCGCAAUUGGGACAAGUGGGUUCGUCGGGUGGAGAAGGUGGUGUCGUGGCUCGACUGCGAAGUCAUGCGACUGAAGCCUGGUGUUAAGCCCACUGGCGCAGAAGCAUGGAAGCGUCGAGGCUACAUUCUGGGCGUGCCGUGGAAGCAGUUCCGCAGCAUGGUGGAAAAGCACCGGGCGUGGCUGGAAGAUAGAUACGGAGGGCCAAAGGCGCUGAGAAAGCAGCUCGUGUUUGCUCACAACGACACGCAAUACGGCAAUAUCCUGCGCCUUAUGCCUACCGGCGAGUCACCCCUCCUGCUGCCGGCCAACACGCACAAGCGCCUCAUUGUCAUCGACUUUGAAUACUCCAACGCCAACCUGCCCGGGCAAGAGUUUGCGAACCAUUUCACCGAGUGGUGCUACAACUAUCACGAUGAGCGCAAGCCGUACGCCUUUCACUCGAAUUGGUACCCGACGCCGGAGGAACAGGAUCGUUUCAUCCGCGCGUACGUGCGACACCGACCGCAGUUCAACGUGUCUACGCCUAAGAUGCAGCCCAGCUCGCCCAGGAGCACUCCAGCUCAGCCAGGGGAGGGUCUGAGUCGACGGCCGACCUCAUCCAUCUCGGACUUUAUGCUGGACGCGCGUGCUCCGGCUGCCACGUCAUCAUCUUCUUCAUCUUUGCACCUCCAGAAUGAGGAGAAGGCGUGCAAGGAAAAAGAAGACCGCGAUGUUGCGCGGCUGCUUCAUGAGACGCGGAUGUGGCGACUGGCGAAUACGGCGCAGUGGGUUGCUUGGGGUAUCGUGCAAGCCGCUGUGCCGGGAAUGCCCAAGUUUGACGACGACGAAGUGGAAGGGAAAGGCCCCGCCGCGGACGACGAUGCCGAAGCUGCUGCGCGAGAGGACCUGGGUGAGGAGGCGGAGGUGUACAGACAUCUCACUGCUCAACAAGAAGAAGACGUGAAGGGCGCGGAUGGGGCGGAGAUGAAGGAGGAGGCGGAAGAAGAGUUUGACUAUCUGGGUUACGCGCAGCAUCGCGCCAUGUUUUGCUGGGCCGACGCGAUUCAUCUGGGCUUGGUGAAGGCGGAAGAGCUCCCCGAGGAGACGCGCGAGAAGAUCAAGGUGAUUGCUUAUUGAACGCGCGCAGGACAGUGUUACGUUGCAUUAGCACCAGGAGGGGAUGGGGCAUUGAGCGAGGGCGUGUUUCAUAGUGUUGCACUCCCCUAAUAAUGACGAGUAUCACGGCUGUGAGGGUUACAAGGCGCACAGGCAGUGUGUACUGCGAGUUCUCGAGGAAACGUGACAUG